CAGUUGCAUCUUAUUUAUUACAUUUUAAAUUUUAGGACAUUAAGUGGUGAAUUAAAUAGAACAAUGGAGACUUCUACACCGAAUACAUACGGAGAAUGUCGAUGCUGCUUGUCCAAAGGCCAACACAAGGACAUAAUGAAGGAAUACUAUACUAACGGUGUUCGAGAGGUUUAUUACAACAUGUUCAUUGACUGUUUUAAUUUAUACAUGUCGACCACAAGCUCCAUCAGCUCGCUAAUAUGCUCGUCCUGUGUGCUCCGUCUCCGAGACGCAAGCAGCUUUCGAGCCAUGGUGGUGACCACGGAGAGACGGCUGCUCGCUGCCAGCCAGGAGACUGUCUUUGUUAAUGUGGGUGAACACACAGACACCGAAGUGGAUAUAAAGCAGGAACCGCCAGUACAUGAUGUACAGAUCAAAGAAGAGGCCAGUGACCCCGACAGAGACUACGAUUCAGACGUACCACUUAUUAACCAUUCGCAACAUCACUCUGAACUGCCCGAGUUAGCGUCUGACGUAGCGAAGUUGGUCGCUCGGUUCCCACGCGGAUCGCUCAGAGCGCUGCCGACGAGGGGCUCUCUCUACUCCUCGCUCACCGCUUAUGUGCGCCAUCUAGAUCAGCUGCGGGGUAAACUGAUACUCCCAAGAAUGCUAACGAAACUCGUCGACCAACAAGAUAUCAGAAAGACGAAAGUUCAAAAAACCUAUAUCACCGAGAAAUAUGCUCAUAUCAUCAACGCGUCAACAAUAUUAGAGUGUUCGAAUGUGACGCCUUUCAAAAGCAAGAGCCGGUCCGGAUUCCCCUGCUUUUAUUGCAGAAAUAUAUUUGACAAUUUAGAGCAAUUAAAAAAUCAUCAGAGUAACGAACACAAAAAGAGUGAAGCUAAGAAAAUCCUAAGCACAUAUGGCGCAGAAAGCUUGGUUGUAUACGUCGAUGUAACCGAUUUAAAAUGCUUAAUAUGCCAAACGAGUGUACCUAAUUUAAACGAGUUAAAAUCACAUUUGACCAAGACACAUCUGAAGAAAAUGCAUCUCGAAUUCACCGACAGAAUUAUACCUUUUAAAUUAUCUGAAAAUAAUGUUUACCAGUGCCAGCUCUGUGGAUUCAGUUUCGAGACUUUUGGGUCGAUAGAAAGACAUAUGAACACGCAUUUCAGAAAUUAUGUUUGCAAAGAUUGCGGGACCGGCUUUGUAACUAAAUAUAGAUUGAAAGUACAUAUAAAGAGCAUGCAUGUCGGCGGUAGUUAUCCUUGUGAAAUAUGUAAGAAAGUUUAUACAACACAGCAGAAAUAUAAGAACCAUGUUGAUACGGUGCAUAAGUUGGUCAAAAGGUUUAAAUGCCCGAAGUGUCCGGAGAGAUUUUCAGAAUAUUUCCGUCGGCAGAAGCAUCUAGUACAUAUACAUAAUCUAGCCCCACUCCAAUACAAAUGUAAUGUGUGUGAUAAGAGUUUUGAUCGUCGCUACACAUUAUCCAGACAUAUGAAGAGAGACCAUUUAGAAGAGAGAGACUACCAAUGCCAACUAUGUUCUUACAAAUGCUUCACAAAUAACGAAUUAACUGUCCAUAUGAUCAAGCACAACGGAGAGAGAAUCUUCGAGUGUGCAGUUUGCAAGAAAUCUUACGCUAGGAAGAAAACGCUUAAAGAGCAUAUGCGUAUACAUAAUAAUGAUCGAAGGUUUGCCUGUGCGGUUUGCGGACAAGCCUUUGUGCAGAAAUGCAGCCUCAAAGGGCAUAUAAAAACGCAUCAUAUAGAAUAUAGUUUGCAAUCAUUAGAGUAGCCUUCGUAUUCUGCGACCCGCCCCGGCUUCGCACGGGCAUAGAGAAAUAUAGUAAGAAUAUAGAGUGAAUAAUUAUCGUUUCGGUACCAAAACGACUAUUAUUUUCGCAGUCGACAUCUAGCAUCGAGUAGCGGAAUUAUCAGUACUUUAAGUAAUAGUAGUAGUACUGUCAAGUGACAAUAGAUGUAGCACCGACCAGAAAGUCUUAUGUUGUUGAGCAUUAUAGUUCGUUUUUUUUAGCAUUAGAAAGAACUCCACAGAAGUAAGCGUACAGUUUUUAUCAGGCUCUUUAAUUGUUAAUAAUGAUUGAAUUAUCUAAUGUAGCACGGUCAAUACAUAUAAUUUACUUCGAAUUAUUACCGCUAAAAUUGCCGGAUUUGGAACCACACGCUUCUGCGAAGUUCUUUCUAAUGCUAAAAAAAACGAACUAUAGACUUUCGUACCAAAAAUACUAAUAUUUUCGCAGUCGACAUCUAGCAUCGAGUAGCGUAAUUAUCAUUACACUUGAUAGUAGAAUCUAGUGUCGCGACUCACGAAAAUUGCAUUGUACAACAAUUUACAACUAAUAUUAAAAGCAGGAGUUGAAAAUAGAGUUCCGGAUAAUCUGGUUAUAAUAUUAGCUCUUGAAAGACAAGGGGAGAGGCCUUUGCCCAGCAGUGGGACCUUAAUAGGCUAGCAAAAAAAAAAAAUUAGCUGAAAAUUGUUGAGCAUCAGACUUUUCGGUCGUCGCGACAUCUAUUGUCAAGUAGCAGUACUGUUGCUACUCGAUGCUAGAUAUCUACUACGAAAAUAAUAGUCGUUUUGGUACCAAAACUGAUGUAUGGAGUGGGCACUCUAUGUAUUUUUUCUCUAUGGCACGGGUUAACAAAUGAUACACCUAAAGCCCCC